UGCUUUUAAGAUAAUUGCACAUGACCCAUAACUCUCAACAAAAAUUGUAUAAUCUGAGGUUUGGCUGUGCUGCAGGACAAAUGUAUACGUGACCUAGACUUUUCUUUCAAGUUUCUUUGUAGCCUCAAUGAACAACUUGAAUGACCCUCCCAGAUGGAACAUCCAGCCGGAUGGUAGAAGAAGGGGUCCAGGGGCAGAAGAUGGGAACCAGUGGAACUAUGCCCUCCUGGUUCCUAUGCUGGGACUGGCAGCUUUUCGUUGGAUUUGGACUAGAGACUCACAAAGGGAAAUCCAAGAAGUGAAAUCUCAAUAUGAAAAAGAUGUGUCCAUAAUAAAGGAUGAGAUGGAGGCACGUUACCGGGAGACGCUGAGUGAAAGGCGCAGGGCAGCAGCUUCCUUAGAGCUUGAGUUGGAAAAGGAGCGACAAAGAGUGACAGGCUACAAACAAGCUUUGAUUUCACAGAGUCAGCAGCUGAUGGAGGAAAGGAAGAAACUUCAAAAGGAACGGGAUGCCAUGGAGGAAGAGAAGGAAAGGCUGGUAAAGAGUGGUGCAGCUGGAGCCCUUUUGCAUCAGGCACUGGAGAGAGAGAAUGGAUGGCACCAGCGGGCAACAGCCACUCUGAACGAGCUAGAGCACCUCUUAGUGGAGCGUCAGAGUGCCUACUGCUCCAUUAUUCUGCCCAGAGAUCAACGUCUGGAAAUGGAGAAAAACAUAUUACUGAAGGCAGUCAAAGACCCCACAGUGUCAGAACUCAAUCUUGAGUCGGACUUGAAGGACAUUUUUAAGCGAGAUAAGUAUUGUGCAGACUUACUUAAUAUGGACAAGAGGAAGAAUGGGAGUUUAAUGUGGGUUUAUCUUAAAUACUGGCAACUGCAGGUCACUGUUCAGAAACACAAGAGAGCUGAAGAUGCACUUUUGGGAAAAAACUGAGAAAUAACAACUGCACUGAAAAAUUUAAGCAUUUUAGCAUAAAUGUGGAAAUACAUUUGUCUAUUUCUUCAACUCAAAAUGUCUAUAUAUUUUUAUUUACUCAGAUUUAAAACUCAAAAUUAGUGUUCAGGAAAUGAGAUGCAACUGUACACAACAUAGGACUAGAUUGAUGACAGAACUGUCCUUUCAAAUCAAUGGUUUCAUUUUCUGGAAUAACAUAAAUCAACAAAAGUAAUGUAAUUUGUCAUUUGCUGUAUGUGCUGUUUCAGAAAGAUAAUUUUGGAAUAAGCAUUCAAAAUAAAGUUUGAAAGGGUGUAUUAGAAGCAAAUAUUUUAUUUUGUGACAUGGUUGAGGUUCAUAAAAGUUAAUUAAAAAUAAUACCACAACAUCAUAA